AUGGAUUUAUUAAAUAGGAUCCACCGACGGAAGGCAUUUUGUGAUGUGGUUGAGCAGAAGCGCUUGAAAGAAAGGAAACUCAUCAUUGAUUGUCCAACAAGAUGGAAUUCAACUUUUAAUAUGUUGUCAACUGCUUUGAAAUUUAAGAUUGCUUUUGCAGCCUACAAAGAAAGGGAGCCUCAUUAUAAUCACGCCCCUUCACUUGAAGAAUGGAACAAAGUUGAGAAAGUUUGUAAACUGUUAGAAGUAUUUAAUGGUGCAACUCAUGUGAUCUCAGGUAGUGAGUAUCCGACUGCAAAUUUGUAUUUAGCAGAAGUUUGGAAGGUUAAACAAAUACUUGAUAAGACUCAUGAAGACGAAGAUCUUUUUGUGAAAGAAAUGGUAGGUCCAAUGAAAAUAAAGUUUGACAAAUACUGGGGGGAGUGUAAUAUGUUGAUGGCUAUUGCUAGUGUUUUGGAUCCUAGGUGCAAAUUUCAUAUGGUGCGAAUAUGUUUUCCCUUGAUAUAUAAAUCUAAAGAAGUUGUUGAUGAGAAUAUAAAGAAGGUCAUAAGUUCAUUGGAAGAACUAUAUGAUGAGUACCUAGCUUUAUCUUUGGAAGAGUCUCCAUCUCCGAUUGUUAAUUUGGAUAGUAAUAAUUUAUCAUCCUCCCAAGAGAAUGCUGCAAUUAUCACUGGAUUUGACGAAAUUCUGAGCAUUUUGCGUAAAAAUGAAACUGCGCCUCCAGUAAAAUCAGAAUUACAAGAUUAUCUUGAUGAAGGUAUUUAUGUUCCUAAGACUAAAUCUUUUUGUGCUUUGGACUGGUGGAGGAACAAUAGCAUGAAAUAUAAGAUUUUGUCUAAGAUGGCUGUUGAUGUACUAGCUAUUCCAAUCUCAACUGUGGCAUCUGAGUCCACAUUUAGUGCAGGAGGUAGAGUUAUUGAUGAAUUUCGAUCUAAAUUAAACGAAGAAUCUGUUGAAGCUCUAAUUUGUGGCGGAGAUUGGUUUCGUCAUAAGUAUAAUGUGAAGAAAAAAUCAAAGGUUGAUAAACAAGAGAUACAAAUCACCUUGAAGAUUUGA